AUGUCCUUAUACGUGGGACGAGAUCUCCAUUCGGCCAAUUUCCAUUGCAAUCUUUCUGUCUACAACAAUCUGGUCUCUUUUGCGUCGAUGGGGUCUCAUGUAGACAAUUCAGUCGCGGGACAGAAGGGGACUUACUGUUUCCAAGUCCAUCGACAACUGCACCACAAUAUUGGAUCUCUAUUACCAGUGGAUCCAGCGGACCCCUGUUUCGCGCAGAUAUUUAUAGUUAGAGAUGGCGGAGACAAGGAGUUAAAAAUACGUGAAAAGAAAGCAACCGAUAAAGAUAAGAAAAUUAAUUCCACCUUAUUACGGCGCCUUCAAGACAUUGUCAACAAAUACAAUCCCAUCUCCAUUUUCUUAAAGGCAAACACCGAGAUCAUCAACGCCAAUGAGACUGCACAAGUCGUGUUGAAAUCUCUGCCACCUGGGAAUCGUGAAAUGAAAACGUAUAAUAAACCUAGACCUUCAGAUGUCGCUGCACUGGUGCAUGGAAAUGGAGAUAUAGACUGCGCUCCAAGGGACGUUGUCUUAAGGCAUAAAGAUGGCAAAUUGGAGCACAUGACGGACUUACACUCAGGAUACUUCAGCAUCCGAUAUCCCCUCAUGUUACCUUUUGCGUCCCAACAAUGGGAUGGGAUGUUUGUCUCACCAACUAAGGGUACAAAUAAGAACUGUCAGCGUGCAGAUUAUAACGUUUUGGAACUUCAGUGA